AUGGACAAAGACUUCAUCCUGCACGCCGAGCAUGGCAUCAACGCGUCUUCCUUCGGCGCAAGAGUUACGGCAUCAACGCAGGCUGACUUGCAUUGCGCGGUUACCACAGGAGUCGGAGUUCUGAAGGGCCCUUCACACGGGGGCGCUGCCGAAGAAGUUAUGAAGAUGGCGCUGGAAAUUGGUGACGAAUCCAAUGCCGCAGCAUAUGUAGCCGACCUUCGCAGCAAGGGUGGUAGAGUAAUGGGCUUCGGACACCGAGUCUAUAAGGCGGUGGACCCACGAUCUAUACACCUGAUGGACGAUGCCCGCGAUUUGGGUGUUCGCAAGGGAACAGCCAGGAUGGUCAUUCCAUUCUGGAAGCAGUUGCUAAAGUAUGGAGCCUUAUUCGAGGCGCGGCAUCUGCCAGAAUGUGGACUUCUUCUCCGGGGCAAUCUACUACUUGCUUGA